AUGGACGGACUCAGAACCAUAGAAUACCCUUCGAAGCAAACUGCUGAAGCACUCGCGUUGUUGCAACCCUCAACAAUUGAAGGAGAAAAUCAUUCGGAUUUGGUUGGUUUAUACGACAUGUAUGUUGCAGAUUCUGUAGUUGUUAGUGGUAACGGAAGCAUGGAUACUUUGGACUCCAACCUUGAUACUCCAGCAAUCAUGAAGUCACAUCAUCAUAAUAAUAAUAAUAACAACAAUGGUUCUAAUGCUUCAAGCCACCCACAUUCAACUGCUACACUUUAUCGUCAAGGCUUGUUUCAUAAGGAGGAAAUAUUGAGAUUACCCAAAAUGCAAAUCCAUUCACAUGAAAGUUCAAACUUAACUCCAGAUAGAAUCCAUAGUGCUCCAGUUACACCUCAAAGUGUUUCUUCCAGUUCUUUCGACUUCAACCCUCAUGUGAACCCAACGGCUCAAACCAAUCCAGAAUUGAACUUGACUCUUGAGGGGGAUAGGACCAUUUCAGAUGAGUUGAAAGACCAUAAACGUCAAUUACAAGAUAGUGCUACUUCCCGUUUCUCUGCUGCUGCUGCUGCUGCUGGAGGGGCUAGGAGAGGUACAGCUUUAAAUCAAGUUACGAAUGAAGAAGAUGAAGCAAUUGAUAUGGAAGAUAACGUACCAUCUAGGGAGGGGACGAAGGAAGAUUGGGUGGAACGAGGAGCUGCAGUCCGUACGUUAGACGAUGAUAUUGUUAUCAAACGCACGGUUCAAGAUUUCGUUUUUGGUAAAGAAUUGGGUGAAGGUUCAUAUUCCACAGUGGUACUUGCAACAGAUAAGCAUACUUCAAAGCAAUAUGCGGUUAAAAUUUUGGAUAAACGGCAUAUCAUUAAAGAGAAGAAGGUGAAAUACGUAAAUAUUGAAAAAUACGCUCUCAAUCGUUUAAGCAACAGAGUUGGAAUUAUAUCUUUAUUUUUCACUUUCCAAGAUAAACACUCCUUAUAUUUUGUUUUGGAUUAUGCUGCUAAUGGGGAAUUAUUAUCAUUGAUCAAAAAAUAUGGUACUCUUAAUGAAGACUGUACCCAAUUUUUUGGGGCUCAAAUUCUUGAUGCUAUCAAUUAUAUGCAUGAGAAUGGUGUUAUUCAUAGAGAUAUUAAGCCAGAGAAUAUUUUAUUGGACGAUAAAAUGAGGAUUCAAAUCACAGAUUUUGGUACAGCCCGUAUGCUUGAAAAGGGUGGAGAAGCAGAAAAUUACCCUGUUGAUGUUAGAGCCAAAUCCUUUGUUGGAACUGCUGAAUAUGUAUCACCGGAACUAUUGGAUAAUAAAUAUUGUGGGAAACCUGGAGAUAUUUGGGCUUUUGGUUGCAUUGUAUAUCAAAUGAUUGCUGGUAAACCACCAUUUAAGGCCACAAAUGAAUAUCUUACUUUUCAAAAAAUUACCAAACUACAAUAUGCUUUCAGUGCUGGGUUCCCAAUAAUUAUUCGUGACUUGAUAAAGAAAAUCUUGGUGUUACAACCAAGUAAACGGUUGUCUAUUCAACAAAUCGAGUCUCAUUAUUUCUUUCAUGAUAUUGACUUUGAUGAUUUUGAUUCUGUCUGGAACAGACCUCCUCCUGAGUUAGGUCCUUACAAAAUGACUGCUAAAUCUAUGAUGAAAGUGCCUGAUCUAAUGAAAUCCUUGUCCCAACCUCAAUUGUCAACCCGCAAAUCUUGCCAGCCAAAAAAGAUUGAAAGAAAUGUUAGUGAGUCUGCAAGUUCAAACUCUCACCUUCCAACGUCUUCAGCUUCUAAUGGAACUGGGGUCCCUGUGAGUGCAGCAUCUGUGGCUGCCUUUGUUUUGAAGAAGGAAAGUGGGAAGACUAGUAGUAAUGAAGAACUAGGUGAUUUUCAUGGAGAGCAACCUAAAACAUCAUCAAAGUCACAAACACCAACGGGUACUGGUACCGUUAGUACAUCAGGACAAUCGACUCCUCAUCCAGAUUAUAUACCUGGAACCAAGAUUCUUAGACCAACGGCCAUCUCCCGUCAAAGCUAUACUUCACGUACGGGUUCAACAAGGACAAGCAAGAAAGGCUCCUCGUCUUCCAUAACAUCUUCAAAGCAAUCUGUUAGUCGCAAAUCACUGGUGAUAGAAAUUGCACCCAUGUCAGUUCUUGAUAAUGCAUGGAAAGAUUACUUAAAACAUGAAGAUGAACGGAUCUUGAAAGUGGGUCCAGUUAUUGUGUCUAAACAGUACACAGAUGUUUUUGAAAGGAAACAUAAAGGUUCGUUACAUAUUUGUUCGUUAGCUUUAGCUCCAAGAGGAGGAAGUACUGUUGGUGGAAUUAAUGGUAAUACCAUGAUAAGCCAAGUUGUUCAUGGAUCAUCCAGUUUAAGAGGGUCUGGUUUAACAACAACUUCUCAGCCACAACCAGUUUCAGCAACUACCAUGGCUUCGUUAGAUGAUGAGCUUGAAUACUUUCGUGAUUAUUUUGAAGUUGAAAAGCCGGUUCCUGUGAGUCCUACCAGUCCGAAGAACUCUCAGACAUCCAAUACAGAUGAUGGGGGUUCAACCAAGUCUCAUCGGUCACUUUUCAAGAAGUUAUUGAACAUUGAUAAAGAGAAGGAAAAGGAAAAGCAAAAUGAGGAUGCUUCUACAACUUCAAGCUGUUCUACUGUGAAGGUUGUGGUUGCCAACUUGUAUGAUCGUCCUAAAACUUGCACCAUGAUAAUAACAACCCAUGGACGGAUCAUGCUAUUGUACAGACUAGAAUCUGGAGUGUACCAUAAAUUAAGUGAGAUUCAAUUAUCACCAGAAUUUAUUCAGGUCAAGGAGUUGUUAAAUUCUGGUGCUGCUUCAAAAUUUCAUAAGUUAUUGCCCACCACGGGCACAUUUUCUAUUUCAGGUCCAGUAUCUUCGUAUAUUUUUGAAGUGGAGAAAUAUGAAGUCAACCAAUGGACAUCAGCAUUAGUUAAGGCUAAAACCAAUCAAAUUGAAAGAAAUAAGGAAGAAGCUGUUGCAAAGAAAGAAGAAGAUCCAGACCAAUUGAUUUUAGUUCCUGUCGCACCAGCUACUACACCAACAUUAGAUCCUAGAAAGCAAGAGAAAUUAGACCAUACACAUAAAUCUAAUCAUGGUAUUCCAAAGCAGCAGCAAGAUGCUCAUCAUCAUAAUCUUCAAAAUAAUAAUAAUAGCCAUCAUGUGAAAAACCAAAAUCAAAGUCAUCGCCGCCACCAGCAUUCAAAUUCGGAAGGACAUGAUGGAAGGCAUUCAAUGAUGGCCGAUAGAAUCUCACAUCAUAAGAAUACUAAACGGAAGCCUCCCCCUCCAAUCAAUCAGCGCCAACAACAAGUUAAUAUGUCUACAGGUUUAGGCAUUACCAGCAACAGUAACGAUAUCAAUGGUACAUUACAUGCUGCUCAGUUGGCAGUAUCUCACAUCACACCAACUACAGACAACAGACGUUCAAGCUUUACUAAAACAAGCGGUGGUGGGAAUGGGCAUUCCAGUCCACCAAUUGGAACUUCACUGUCAAAUACCCCAAACGGUAAGCCAGGAGUGACGGUGAUGAACUCCAAGUUUUUGGCUCGAAGCCAACGUAAAAGCAAAUAG